UUCAUAUCGGCAGCUUGUGAGGAGAAAGACAGACUGUCACACAGCACAGACUCUACAACUUGUUCUCGUAAAACCCGAGCGGAGGAGAGAAAAUAAGAACUGCGCGGAUUUACAAAUGCCAGUUAUCAACCGGAGUCCGGAAUGGAAAUACACGGUCCGGCCAUGAGAAGUUGUUUAAUCCGGUUGGUUGAAUGAGAGAAGCCGGCUGGAAGAAACUCAUGUAGGCAGCUGUCAGUGGAUGAGGUGGGCCGUUCUCCACAAGCCAUCAUGGACACGAGCUGCCGGCCGUCCCGUCCCGAAAUGCCCCGUCUGGAUGGCUCCCGCUCCACAACGCCGCCCUGUGUUUGAGCCGUGACGCCCGUGACCCGCAGGCGGCGGACGCCAUGACGCAGAUGGACUACAAAUACAGCCUGCUGGGCUCCACGGCGGACGAGUACCGCAAGAGGCCGCUGCUCCUGCAGGUGGACGACGCGCCCAUGAACCUGUUCGCCGUCCUGGAGGUGAAGCGGGAGCUGCCCAGGCGCUGGAGCACCCUGACCUGCUUCCGGAAGAUCCGGCUCUACAGCUUGCUGUUCGGCCUGGCCGUCAUGUUCCUCAUCAUGGCCUCGUACAUUUUGACGGGGGACAAGAAGGGCCUCCUCCUCACCCCCUCCCCCUACCACUUCAGCAGCCUGGUCAGCCCCGGACCGUUCGCCUUCAACCUCACCUCAGUUAAGGAUUAUGCACAUAUAAAACUGGUGGUCAAGUCUAUCAGGACCAAGGUGGAGUUCCGCAGCACUCGACAGCUUCCAGAGUUCAAUGCACUGGUUAAGAGUGAACCACACAUGUUUUCCGUGAUCCCUCAGAAAUUUCUGCCUGGUGUCAAGAACCCCUGCUGGUACGAGGAUUACACUGGCAAUAUCACUUCAGACCCGUAUGGGACGAACUUGUACGGACGCUACUCCCGGCGCUUCCGGACCGUUUUCCAGCAUUUGAGGAACACUUUCCAAGAACACUUGUUUCACCACGACGGGAAACCCUACCGCAUGCGGUGCCUUCCUUACUUCUACAUCAUCGGCCAGCCGAAGUGCGGCACGACAGACCUGUACGACAGACUGAGGCUGCACCCGGACGUCAAGUUCACCACUUUCAAAGAGCCGCACUGGUGGACCCGCAAAAGGUUUGGCAUCAUCCGGCUCAGCGAGGGCUUCCACGAUCGAUACCCGGUGGAGGACUACCUGGACCUCUUCGAUCAGGCUGCUCACCAAAUUCAGGGCAACCUCACGGCAAACACCAGCGGUUUCCCCGGCCACCCAAACAUCAUCAUCGGAGAAGCCAGCGCCUCCACCAUGUGGGACAACAACGCCUGGGUGUAUUUCUACGACAACACCACCGAGGGGGAGCCUCCCUUCCUGAUCCAGGACUUCGUCCACGCCCUGCAGCCGGACGCCCGCUUCAUCGUCAUGCUCAGGGACCCGGUGGAGAGGCUUUACUCCGACUACCUUUACUUUGGCAUUGCCAAUAAGUCUGCGGAAGAUUUCCACGAGAAGGUGUCGGAGUCCCUGCAGUUAUUCGAGGGGUGCCUUACGGAGUACACAAUGCGCUCCUGUGUGUACAACACCACCGUCAACAACGCCAUGCCAGUCAGAUUGCAGGUUGGCCUUUACAUCGUGUACUUGAUGGACUGGCUGACCGUCUUCAGCCGGGAGCAGAUCCUGGUCCUGAGGCUGGAGGAUCAUGCCUCCAACAGGAAAUACACAAUGCACAAAGUUUUUGAGUUUCUCAAUCUGGGGCCGCUCACUCAAGAAAUAGAGUCAGAAAUCACAAGGAGUCCGGCGUCGAACACGAGGAGGCCGGCUGACAAGAACCUGGGGCCCAUGCUGCACAUCACGAAAGAGAUCCUGCGGGACUUCUACACGCCGUUCAACGAAAAGCUGGCGAAAGUGCUGCGGAAUGACUCUUUCCUCUGGGAGAGCAACUCUCGACUGUGAACAGUCCACCCGACAGUACUUAAGUUUUUUUUCAAAUCAACCACUGAUGCAUCAGCCAGCCCCUUUGUUUGGGUUUCAUCUCUCGCAAGUGCCCAU